CACGCCUUAUCAUACCCUUUAACCUCUCGGGUAUAAAUUCGUCGUUUAUAUUCCAAAAUCAAUAUUCUCGAAGUGAUUCACAAUGACAAACCUCUUCCUCGUGUUAUUUUGCAUAAAUCUAGUGUUUGCAAGCGAAAAAAGUGUGCAAAAUUUCAAAAAUGGCAACAAAGUGUUUUCGGGUGAUGUAUACAAGGAAAUAGCAAAAAAUGAAAAAGACGACUUUGUAGUGUCCCCAUUUUCGGCGCAAACCAUCCUCGCCUUGGCCCAAAAUGGGGCAAAGGGCGAAACUGGUACCGAAAUCCGUUCGGCCUUGCGCCUCCCAAACUCCCGCCGCCAAAUAAACUCAGUUUUUAAGUCACUUUUAUCCAAAUUGGGGACCCACAAAGACACUUUCACCCUCCAAACGGCGAAUAAAAUCUACAUCAAGGACAAAUACCCCAUAAAACCCGGUUUUAACCAAACCGCAACCGAAAUUUACCACUCGGAGACCGAAAACAUCGAUUUCGCCCAAAACGCAAUCGCUGCAGAGAAGAUCAACACAUGGGUGUCCCAGCACACCAACAACACCAUCAAGGGCCUCAUCGAGCCCCAAAAACUCAACCAAGACACCGUCGCGCUCCUAAUCAACGCCAUUUACUUCUCGGGGGCGUGGAAGAAGCCCUUCAAGGGGCGCCUCACCAAGAAGCGCCCUUUCAAGGCCCCCAGCGGCGAGCUGGAGGUGGAGAUGAUGGCCAACAGCGACUUCUUCGGGUACCAUGAGAGCAAGGAGCUGGACGCCACGUUCCUGCAAAUGCCGUUUCGGGGGGACGCCCAUAUGGUGGUGGUGCUCCCGAAGGAAGACGCCGGGAUUGCCCAUUUGGAGUCCCAACUCGAGCUGGUCUACAAGAGCCCCAUUUUCACGUGGGAGUACGUCGCUGUGACCAUCCCCAAGUUUAAGAUUGAGACAAGUGUGGACUUUAAGAGGGUUUUGAGGAGUUUGGGGGUGAAAAAAGCCUUCAGGAAGGCCGAUUUUAGUGACUUGGCGGGGGAGAAGGGGGAGAUAAGGGUCACGGAUGUCGUACAAAAGGCGUUUAUUGGGGUUGAUGAGGGGGGGGUUGUGGCCAGUGCUGCCACUGCAGUCAUUUUUCAACCCAAAAGUCUCAGGCAAAAUCCUGGUACCAAAAAAUAUUUCACAGCCGACCAUCCCUUCUUAUUUUACAUUAAAAUCAACGAUGUUGUUAUUUUUACAGGAAGAGUUCUUUCGCCCGAAUUUUAAUUCGAAUUUUUUAGUAUUAAUAUUUAAAUAAAAUUACUUUUAUUGAG